CAUUCGUGAGGCGGCUGUUGCCGACACCAUCCACACCCAGCUGGAGUCGCAGUGAACCAAAUUUGAUGCGCCCCCACCCCACAGCGACCCCUGUAAAAAGCUUAGGUCCUUAUCAUGCAGUCGGAGACUUGAAGUUGGCAUGGCGGGGCCAAUUGCAACUACAUAGUGCUUUACCUUAUCUGCCAGGCGCAUCAUGUCCUUCAUAUGACACCCAGUUGGAUUUCUUCGCAUUGGCAUCCUCCCGGAUGGGAUCAUUCCAUACUUAGCAUUUUUGCCCUGGUUCUAGGCCUCGUACUUCCUUCCUAUCCUGCUCCUCCUAUCCUCUGACGUCGGCCAGAAAGAACUGUUGCUGUGGAGUCGCAAUGCCUGUCGCAUUAUAGGCACGCCCACUUACUGCAGCAGCUUGGCUACAGCUACACCUCCAAGCACUGCUUGCUUCCUCGCUGUCUUCCUUGCGAUUCCCAUACGGAAAUGUCUUCCCCAUUCUCUUCUUGGAUGAGACGGAGGGCGCCGUCUCUGAGCUCCCAGGAUAUCCAGGAUGAUCCUCUCGACAAUGCCGGCAGCCUUCCUCGUUCGUCGUCGCAUUACCCCCCUGCCGACUCCCGAGUGCUCUCUUCCUCGGUCAAUUCUGGAAGCCAUAGGCAGCGGACGAGGUCUUUUAUUAACGGCUCUGGACGGGAUCACCUGGCUCCACUGGAUACCGCCCAGCAUGCUCGAUCUGUCCGCGAAGAUACAGCAGAGCUGGCCACAUACAUAUUGUCCGAUAAGAAGCCCGGUCAGGGCCCAUCGUUCUUGUCUCGAACGCACCCUCGCCCCUCCCAGAUUGGACGUGAUAUCUCGGCCUCAUACGAAGACCACGAGGGUGCCGAUGCUAGUAUAACGACAGCGUCCGAGCCUAUUUUAGAAGUCUCGGAACCAUCCUCACCUGGGGAGCCAGAUGAACCAUCCCAUGCUGAAGGGCCAUCUAUACUGGCGAGCUUGCUCAGAAGACCGCCCGCCGAAAUAGACCGGUGGGAAGAAUCACGAGGCGCCCGCUUCGGAGGGCAGACAGGAGAACAAGACGAACAGAGCUUGCCCGAGGGACAACCUAUCGAGGCAUUGCCUUCACCAGCUUACGGCGGCGAAGGCGAGGGCCACGGAGAGACCACCCCGCUACUCCAACAGACGUCGUCGCGCGAAACGUCGUAUUUAAGUAGCACGAGCAGCGGUGCCGCCAGAAAUGUCGAUCCCGAGAGCCAAAAGAGCCAGAGCCCUAGACGAUGGCUUGCCAGAGUCGCCGGAUAUGGGGCUAAUGCCAAGUCUGACUUCUUGUCUGAAGUGGGAGUGGUUGGAAACCCGAAGCGUUGGAAUCGUAGGACGUUUUGGGAGAACAUUAUCGUAAGGCCGGUAGCUUGCAUGCCUGCCGUGAUUGUGGGCCUCCUCCUGAACAUAUUGGAUGCAUUAUCAUACGGCAUGAUUCUCUUUCCCCUCGGUAACCCUAUUUUCUCGAGCCUCGGGUCGGCUGGCAUAUCUAUUUUCUAUGUCAGCACCAUCGUCUCGCAGUUGACAUUCUCUUUUGGGAGCAUCUUCAAGGGUGGCGUGGGGUCCGAGUUGAUCGAAGUCGUUCCAUUCUUCCAUAGCAUGGCUGUGACGAUUACCGGCAUUGUUGGGGAAGAUAGCCCCGAGGCCGUCAUUGCCACUACGAUAACCUCAUAUGCACUGAGUUCGAUGCUGACCGGCGCCGUGUUCUAUCUCAUGGGAAAAUUCAAGUUCGGCUACAUCAUAGGUUUCAUCCCUCGUCACAUCCUCAUCGGAUGCAUAGGCGGCGUGGGCUGGUUCCUCGUUGUUACUGGGUUCGAGGUGACUGCCCGAAUCAACGGCAAUCUCAACUAUGACCUGGCUACACUCCAGAAGCUGUUUCAGGCCGAUACGGUCUCUCUUUGGUUGAUACCGCUUGUCCUCGCCAUUAUACUGUUCUACAGUCACGCAAGGAUCCCGUCCAAGUACUUCCUCCCACUUUAUAUCCUUGCUAUUCCCAUUGUCUUUUACUUUUUCGUCCUAUCCUUGGAUGCCCUGGAUACUGGUGACCUGAGGGAUCGUGGCUGGAUAUUCGAAGGCCCACCCCCUGGCGAGCCUUGGUGGUACUUUUAUACGCUGUACCAGUUCGACAAGGUUCACUGGGAUGCGAUUGUCCAGUGCGUCCCGGCCAUGUUUGCUCUGACAUUCUUUGGAAUCCUGCAUGUUCCCAUCAAUGUUCCCGCCCUGGCUCUCAAUACGGGAGAGGACCAUGCGAAUAUUGACCAUGAGCUCAAAUUGCAUGGAUACUCCAACUUCUUCUCCGGUGCGUUGGGAAGCAUUCAGAACUACCUUGUAUACGCAAACACGCUGUUUUUCAUGCGGUCUGGGGGAGACAGCCGUUUGGCGGGCUUUCUCCUGGCAAUUUUCACCUUCUGUGUCAUGAUAAUCGGACCCUCUCUCAUCGGGCUCAUCCCGGUGAUGAUGGUCGGUGUUCUCAUCUUCGAUCUCGGCUUCGAACUAUUACAUGAGGCGGUUUGGCAGCCCAGGAGAAAGUUGAAAUCACUCGAGUACAUGACGGUGAUUGUCAUCGUACUCAUCAUGGGCAUUUACGAUUUCGUCGUGGGGAUCGGGGUCGGCAUUUUACUGGCCUUCAUCUCGCUCAUAUUCCAAACCUCUAGAGUGUCCGCCAUACGCGCAACCUAUUCGGGAGACGUGGUAGGAUCCACUGUCAGGCGGAACCCAACACAGCAGCAUUACCUCCAGCAAGUGGGCCGCCAGAUAUUCAUCGUCAAGCUAUCUGGCUAUCUCUUCUUCGGAACCAUCGUCAGCGUGGAGGAGAAGAUCCGCGAGUUGAUCUCGGACGACGCCUUUGGGAAGCAGCCGAUCAGGUUCCUGGUCCUUGACAUGUGGCAGGUUACGGGGCUUGACUAUUCGGCCGGGGAGGCGUUCAACACAAUCAACCGAUUGUUGAACGGCAGAGGAGUUGCCCUGGUACUCAGUGGAGUAGAUGCCCAGAGCGAGCUCGGCCAUAACCUCCGGGCAAUUGGGCUCGUCGAGGAUGGCACAGAAGUCAUGUUUCUUCCAGACCUCAACUCGGCGCUGGAGUGCUGCGAGAACGAGCUUCUGAAGAUUUUCUACGCCAGUCAAGGUGCGAGGGCAUCUCGUAGUGCCCCGACGUCGAGCCUUGAUGUUCCCGGGAGGAGCGCAGCAUCCCCGUCAAUGGAAGUACUCGGCAGCUCGCCACGGCGGACGCACCUCCACGAGGCGGCGACAAAGUCGCUGAACCAGAUCGACACCGCCUUGUCUUCGCGGUGGCAGAGUUUCAAGGAACCCCUGAGGCUGAUGCUGCAGAUCUUCCAGGACCUGAGCGAGAAGAACGAGGACUUCUGGUUCCGGGCCGUGGGAUACUUUGCGCGCAAGGAAUGCGCGGCCGGCACGGUCCUCUUCCGGCGCGGCGAGCCGGCCGAGGCGUUCUACCUCAUCGAGAGCGGGAUCCUAAGGGCUGAGUACAACCUCCCGCAGGGGUGGCUCUGCGAGAGUGUCCUCGCGGGGACGACCUGCGGCGAGCUGCCUUUCUUCUCCGAAACGGACAGGACGGCUACGGCCGUGGUCGAACGCGACUGCGUGGUCUGGAUGAUCGACAAGCGCGGCUGGGACAGGCUGCAGAAGGAGGAGCCCGACGUGGCCCAGGAGCUGCUGCGCAUCUCGCUCAAGCUUACCACGGAGCGGAUGAGCGUCAUCACGUCGUACGUCUUGACCAUGGCUGGCUAGCGAAUACCUGCGCUUUGGCUUGUUCCCCGUCGUCUUAUUUUUCUGUCUACCCCGUACAUGAAUAAGCCCGCUGCUCAGGGCGAGACCACCACAUACACUGAGAGUUUCCAACCAAAAUUGGAUCAAGUUUGGUCAAUACCACCACAUGUAAAUGUACAAGCAUACCAAGACAUAUAAACAGAAAUCUUUGUCUACACUCAAUAAAUAUAUAUAUACACAUACAUGUUGCAUCACACGCUGCAUGAAGCGCCGCCCUUCACCCAAGCCACUCAUUCAUAACUUGGUUUCAAGGCUAAGUGGAAAGGUCAGACUCGGAGAGGCCGCACACUCCAUCCAAACUCAACAAUGAUCGACACAGUUUUCACCAACCAUAUUCUAUUAUUUGAUAAUCGCUCA